UCCGGGCGUAUUUGUUGUGUCUUGUGUGGGAGGAAGAUCAGGAAGCGUGGAUGAGAGGGGGGGUAGCAGGGCAAGCUGGAUUCAGAUCACUUCGUGCGCUAAAUUGUCACUAAUGACACCUCGGAGGCGUGCUUGUGCAGCCCGAGUCCGACAGGGUCGCAUCUUCACCGCGGUUUAAGCUUUAUACCGUAGCCGUGCGUUGCAUAACAACGAGUUUUAGCUUUAGCGUUUAGCUGAAUAAUGAGUGAGCUGAACCGGAGGUAGUGUAACGUGAAGCGGAGGGUUAAGCGGAGUUUGGUUGCGCUUGGCGCUGCGUAUUCUAACUGCGUUGAGCCGCGGUGCUCGGUUCGGUCCGGCUCUACGGCGGCGGCGGUGAUGGAGACGGCAGCGGGCAGGGAGCUGUUCGAGGCCUGCCGAAUCGGAGAGCUGGAGCGGGUCAAGAAGCUGCUCACCGCCGAGAACGUGAACAGCAGAGACAUCGCGGGCCGCAAGUCCACCCCGCUGCACUUCGCCGCCGGAUUUGGCCGUAGAGAUGUAGUGAGCUACCUGCUGCAACAUGGAGCUAAUGUUCAUGCCCAGGAUGAUGGUGGCCUCAUCUCGCUCCACAAUGCCUGCUCCUUUGGCCAUGCUGAGGUGGUGAACUUGCUGCUGCAGCACGGAGCUGACCCCAACUCCAGAGACAACUGGAACUACACCCCCCUCCAUGAAGCAGCUAUCAAGGGCAAGAUCGACGUCUGCAUCGUUCUCUUGCAGCAGGGAGCUGAGCCAAACAUCCGAAACACUGACGGCAGGACGGCCUUGGACCUCGCAGAAGCUUCCGCUAAGGUGGUCCUGACUGGCGACUACAGAAAGGAUGAACUCCUCGAGAGUGCAAGGAGUGGAAACGAGGAAAAGCUGAUGAGCCUCCUCACUCCAUUAAACGUGAACUGUCAUGCCAGUGAUGGAAGAAAGUCAACCCCCCUGCAUCUGGCCGCAGGCUACAAUCGGGUGAAGACGGUGCAGCUGUUGUUGCAGCACGGUGCUGACGUCCACGCUAAAGACAAAGGUGAUCUGGUGCCUCUUCACAAUGCCUGCUCAUACGGACACUACGAGGUGACCGAGCUGCUCAUAAAGCAUGGUGCCUAUGUUAAUGCGACGGAUCUGUGGCAGUUCACGCCGCUUCACGAGGCGGCAUCUAAGAACCGAGUGGAGGUUUGUUCCCUCCUGCUGAGCCACGGAGCAGACCCCACCUUUCUCAACUGCCACAACAAGAGCGCCAUCGACUUGGCACCCACGGCCCUCCUCAAAGAUCGCCUCGCCUAUGAGUUCAGAGGUUAUGCUUUACUUCAGGCAGCCCAUGAAUCCGAUCUAUUCCGCGUUAAAAAGCACCUGUCACUGGAGACUGGAAACUUCAAGCAUCCCCAAACCCAUGAGACGGCUCUGCACUACGCCUCUGCAUCACGUUACUCUAAGAGGAAGCAAGUGUGUGAGAUUCUGCUGAGGAAGGGCGCCAAUAUAAACGACAAGACAAAAAACCUUCUGGCGCCGCUGCACCUUGCCGCUAAGAAGUCCCAUAAUGACAUUAUCGAACUGUUAGUGAAGCACGAAGCCAAAGUCAACGUGACGGACAGUCAGGGGCAGACGCCGCUUCACAGGACUGCUCAGUGUGGACAUCUGCAGAGCUACAGGCUGCUAAUGAGCGCUGGCUCAGACCCACUCAUCACCUCACUGCAGAGCUACACACCCUCCCAGCUCUCAAAAAACACCAUCCAGGACAUAUUGCAGGAAGGAGUGCUGACAGGGAGUUUGGACACAGAGAGGCAGCUCUUGGACGCAUCCAAGUCAGGAGACCUGGAGACUAUAAAGAAGUUGUGUACACUACAGAAUGUUAACUGCAGGGACGCAGAUGGACGGCAGUCCACACCUCUGCAUUUCGCAGCUGGAUACAAUCGCGUAGCCGUGGUGGAGUUCCUUCUGCAGCACGGCGCAGACGUACACGCUAAAGAUAAAGGGGGCCUGGUUCCGUUACAUAACGCAUGUUCAUACGGACACUAUGAGGUGGCGGAGCUGCUGGUGAUACACGGUGCUGUGAUCAAUGUAGCAGACCUGUGGAAGUUCACACCCUUGCAUGAGGCUGCUGCAAAGGGCAAAUAUGAGAUCUGCAAACUGCUGCUUCAGCACGGCGCAGAUCCCACGAAGAAGAAUCGUGACGGGAACACGCCUCUUGACCUGGUCAAGGAAGGCGACACAGAUAUCCAGGACCUGCUGAGGGGAGAUGGGGCACUGUUGGAUGCUGCCAAGAAAGGCUGCCUGACCCGGGUGAAGAAACUCUGCAGUCCCGGAAACGUCAACUGCAGGGACACACAGGGACGCCUUUCUACACCGCUCCAUCUAGCAGCUGGUUAUAAUAACCUGGAGGUGUCAGAGUAUUUACUGCAGCAUGGCGCAGAGGUGAACUCGCAGGACAAAGGAGGUCUCAUUCCAUUACAUAACGCUGCUUCGUAUGGGCAUGUGGACGUGGCUGCAUUGCUCAUCAAAUACAACGCAUGCGUCAAUGCCACUGAUAAAUGGGCGUUCACACCGCUGCAUGAGGCUGCUCAGAAAGGGAGGACACAGUUGUGCGCACUGCUGCUUGCACACGGUGCUGACCCUGCGCUACGUAACCAGGAAGGCCAGUCGCCGCUGGACCUUGUGACGGCCGAUGACGUCUGUGUCUUGCUGACUGCAGCCAUGCCUCCGUCUGCACUGUCGGCCUGCUACAAGCCUCGGGUCAUCAGCGUGUCAGCGUCCAGUGGUGGUGUGACCUCAUCUGACUUCUCAUCUGGUUCCAGCUCCACCCCCUCCACCUCGGGCUCGGAGUCACAGGACGGCCAGUUGCCUGAGCCGAUAGGAUUGUUAGGAGCUGAGGGAGCUGUAGGAGUGGAGAGAGCCGAGGAAGGUGCAUCGUUGGAAUUGAGUAUCAGCCAGUUUCUUCAUAAACUUGGGUUGGAACAUCUUCUGGAAAUCUUCGACCGGGAACAGAUAACUCUGGACGUGCUGGCGGAAAUGGGGCACAAAGAGCUGAAGGAGAUCGGCAUCAUCGCUUAUGGCCACAGACACAAACUCAUCAAAGGAGUAGAGAGGUUCAUUACUGGACCUCAGAGUUUGAAUCCCUAUUUAACUCUCAACACGGCCAACAGUGGAACUAUAAUGAUCGAUUUAGCCACGGACGACAAGGAGUACCAGUCAGUUGAAGAGGAGAUGCAAAGCACAAUUCGCGAGCACAGAGACGGCGGUCACGCAGGCGGAGUUUUCAACAGAUACAACAUUGUCAAGAUCCAGAAGGUUUACAAUAAGAAACUGUGGGAGAGAUACACACAUCGCAGGAGGGAGGUGUCCGAGGAGAACCGCAAUCACUCCAACGAGCGCAUGCUGUUCCACGGUUCUCCGUUCGUAAACGCCAUCAUCCACAAAGGCUUUGACGAGAGACACGCCUACAUAGGAGGUAUGUUCGGGGCUGGGAUCUACUUUGCCGAGAACUCGUCCAAGAGUAACCAGUAUGUGUAUGGUAUCGGAGGAGGGACCGGGUGUCCUCUUCACAAGGACCGGUCGUGCUACAUGUGUCAGAGGCAGCUGCUGUUCUGCCGUGUAACACUCGGAAAGUCUUUCCUUCAGUUCAGUGCCAUGAAGAUGGCCCACUCUCCACCAGGCCACCACUCGGUGUCAGGCAGACCCAGCAUCAACGGCCUCGCCCUCGCUGAAUACGUCAUCUACAGAGGAGAGCAGGCUUAUCCGGAAUAUUUGAUCACCUAUCAGAUUAUCAAACCGGAUGGAACUCUGGAUUAAGACCCAUCAGAAAGGACUGUUUUGCACACUGCAUGCACACACUCUUGAUUACACUGUAAAGAAACAGUUUUGUUCCGUUUCGUUGUUUUUUUUUUUUCUACCGUCCUUUCUUUGCACUCGAUAUUUAUCAUGUUACAGUUAAUUCUCUACUCAACGUGUGUGCACCGAUCACUGUCCUGUUCCUCAGCAGAAGAUCUCAUCCUUCAAGUCAGUCAUGAAACACUGUAAAUCAACACUUUUCAGGAAGGCCUAAUGCACAAAUGUGGCUUAUUUAUUUUACAAAGACAACUAUGUAUAUAAAUAUAUAUAUAUAUGUAUAGAUUUUUUUUGUACAAGCAUGUUGAUUUAUUGAUAUUUGUAUUAUAAAGAUUCUAUGCUAUGUGUGAUAUAUAAAAUAUAUGCCGGCUUCAUAGGUCCUUUUGGUUUGGGGUCAUCCAGUUAAAGCUACAGGAUGUACAAUUUUGAAAUUUAACCUCCUCUGGGGUUAAAAAAUAACAAAGUAGCAUGUUGGAUUAGUGUCAUUUCAUACAUAUAUAUCGACACCAAUGGCGCUCAAGUAUUUGAUAUAGUUAUAAGCUGUUACCGUCGUACACCAACUUUUAAGUGCACAGGUGCAUGUAAGAUGAUCAAACUCUCUGGCUAAAUUAUAGUCUAAAGAACAUUUUUAUAGCAAGUGGCCUGACAAGAACGUUUGGCGUAAACCAGAUAACGUAAGAAUACUAGCUAAAGCCAACACCAGAUGAUGAUUUGAUGUUAAACAGAUUCCUCAAAUCACUCUCGUCUGAUAUAACCAAGUAUAACAUCCGAAUAUAUGGAGAAACACCUCCUAUAGGUCUAUAGUACAUUAGAACAAUUAGCUUUACAACUGGCUAAUAGUAGUUUCUCUCUCUCACGCUCUCUUUCUCUCUUCUGUGAUUGGCUGUCAGCUCUAGCCUGCCAUCGCCUCCUCAGACUUCUUUUGUGCCCAAAGUCAGGCAUGAUGACCUUAAUGUAUCUUAGCUUUCCAGGUGAUUCCGAUGGGAAAACAGGAUUAUCAGGGUGACUCAAAGCUCAGGAACGUCAUCUUAUAAACAUCUUAUACUAUUGUCCCAGUAGGGACUGAUAUUUAUUUUCUUCAGAAAGAAUCCUAUGCUCUGUAGCUUUAAAUAUCACAGCUAGAGCAAGAAACGUAAUAAAUAUUGUUGCACAGGGAUGACAUCAAGUUCAAGGUGUCGGUUUCAUUCCGUUUCAGUGGUGCUGUUCUUAAAUGUCCUACACAUAGACAUGGAUGGGUGUUUAAUACUCAUGUACCCUGUGAUGAAGGAAACGGAAUGUAUUCUGCAUUUCAGUAUUGUUUUAAUGCAUUGCCUCUCGGUAGCUGUUUCAGCAUUUCAUGCCGUUUUUUUUGUUUACAGCAAAAUGUUUACUGUCCUCUGAAAAUAACUCAACAUACAGCCAUUAUUGUCUAAAUAGCUGGCAACAAAAGUGAGUACACCCUAAGUGAUAACAGCUGUAUGUCACGUAACCAUGCAAAGUUAAAUAUAAAUUUGUGAAUCUUGUAUUCAAGCAGCUACAAUUAGGUGCUUUGAGUACAAUUCUCUCAUACUGAUCACUGGAUGUUCAACAUGGCACCUCAUGGCAAAUAUCUCUCUGAGGAUUUGAGAAUCAGAAUUGUUGCUCUCCACAAUGAUGGCCAAGGCUAUAAGAAGAUCAGUAACACGCUUUGUUAAAGACAACCUUUUAAAAGUUUUAUCAUCAGUCUUGCUUUGAAGAGACCAGACGUUAAAUGAAAGACAUCCUUCCAUAAAUCGUACAUUAAAUGAGUAGGAACUGAGGGGUUUUUUUAUGUGGCGAAAUAAUCCAGUAAUUAUUUUGAUACAUUUUGCAGGUGUCCCCAGUUAACUAACACACCAGAUAGUAAGUAGGUCAAACUUGUGCAACUCAUGAAAAUAAGUAAACAGCGCUGUGUUUAAAACAGUACUGGGAAUGCAGAAAUCUUUCUCACAGCAUCCUUUCUUGUUGAACAUGGUGGCCAGUUUGUUUUCACAGUAACCGAGGUAGACAUCUUACCCCAUUGUUCUGUAAUGUCUCUCUGAUGAUGCUUGUUGUGCAUGGUAUUCUGUGUAAUGUCAUGUUUGAGAUGCUUUGCUUUGCGCUUCUUGAGUGUUCCAGGGCAAUAAAUAGAGAACUAAA